AUGGAUAAUGAUUUCUUAUUCUUUUCAUCAUCAAUUAUUUAUAAAUAUUCAUCUAAUACUCUCACUCAAUACUCUCAUUCUUACAUAAUAUACAGUCAUGCUGAUUUAGGGUUAAUUUUAUACUUUAAUGAUACUAUAGGAAUAUUUGAGUCAAACAUUCUUUAUAAAAUUAAGACUAAUGGAGUAAAAACAUUUACUAUUGUAGGAAUACUUAAAUAUCAAAGUAACUCAUUUAGGUUGAUAUAUAAAUAUUCAACAUUAGUUGAUUAUUUAAUAAUUGAGUAUAUAGAUGGAGAGUUAAUAAUAGUCGAAAGAAAAAACCAUAAUAAAACGUUAAGUAGUAUAAAUGAUGAUAAUUACUAUGAGUAUCUUGAGAAUUACAAUACACAAUUUAUUAAAAAUAUAUCAUUUUCAUUAGAAAAACUUGGAGAAUUAAAUAUUAAACAAAUAGAAAAAUCUGAUUAUGAAAUUGUUAAUUUUAAACUUCCAAUUUUAGAAAAAUUUACUUAUAUCACUAAUAAUGAAAGUUGUAAUGUUUUAAUAGUUCAGAAUGUUGUAUAUAGAUUUGAAGAUAAUGAAAAGUUAGUGAGGGUUAACAAAACACCCUGUUAUAUUCAGAAUUACUCGAUAUUUGGAAAUUUUUUAAUAGCCAAUGGAUUUAGAGACAGUUUUUAUGUAGAUUUAAUAACUAAACAGGUAUUUAAGUGUGAAGAUGACUUUUCAUUUACUUUUGAAUCAAACAAACACUAUUAUGGAGUAACAAAUAACAGUGUUUAUAAAAUAACAAUUGAUGAAGUAAUUAGAAAAUAUGAAGCACUUGAAAAUUUUAAGAUUGACUUUAAGAAUUUAUUACCGUUUUUAGUAAAUCCAGGUAAUCCAACAUACUUAUAUUGUUCUUAUUCUAAAUGUUUUUAUUAUGUAAUUGAUAAUUUUUUAGGUAAAACUUUUUUAAUUUUAAAUAAUUAUACUUAUAAGGAAUAUGAUGGAAUAUUUACAAUGUUUUUAAUCAUUAACUAUAAAACUAUAGCAAUCGCAAUAAAGAAUCCUAAAACAGGAAUGUCUUCAAUUGUAAUAAUUGGAAUUACUUUUGAUAUCGAAGAAUUAAAGAUAAUAGAAAGUAAAAUUGAUGUAAUGUCUUUAGCACAAUCAAGAAGGUAUUUAGCAAUAACUUAUCCUAAUUAUUCAGAUAUUAUUGAUAUACAGGAAGACUAUACAGUCAUUAAUAGAGUUGAUCAUUAUGCUAAAUAUAUUUAUAACACUUCAAUGUAUGCUAAUAUUCUUUGUAUUAGGGAGGAUAAAAUUAAUGCAAUAAUAAUUUUAGACUUUCUAAAAAAAUCAGAAACUAAAACUAUUUUUCAUUAUGAUUUUAUGCUACAUAAAUUGAUGAAUUGUCAAUUAAAGUUAAAUGAAAGUGUAUUUGAACAAUACAAAGAUUAUAUAGAUGAGAGGGGUGAGUGUCCAAAGGUUUUAUUUGAAGAAGUUAAAUUUUCAGAAAUGUUUAACGUUAAUGAAGAUGAUUAUGACGUAAUGUUAGAAAAUAAUUAUAGAUUUUUUGGUUUCGAUUCUGGUUCUACUUAUAAUGAUUUUGAAGAAAUUAUCAGAUUUAAGAAUAGAAAACUUUUUAUUACUAAAACAAUUUUAAUUAUUUUGCCUAAUGAGAUCUACAAGGUUUAUAAGAUUUCUAAAGAAAUAUUUAUAUUUUGUGUUGAUGGUGGCAUUUAUGUUUUAUAUUCAUUUACAUUUACAUCCCAUUUAAAAGAUAAGUAUAAUUCUUGUAUUGAACAGCUAGUUGGUUGUGGCACAGAAAAUACCAAUUUAGAUUUUGCUUGUGUUAAUUUAGUAAGAAAUGAUUAUCCUGAAAAGUUUGAUGAGCUUGCAAAUGUUACAAGAAAUUUUAGUGAUUUAAGUCGGUAA